AUGUUAGAUUCGAUUCUAGCUUCCGUUUCUCACGAUGGGAGGGCGAUCACCAUAGAUGGUGAACGUAAGAUUUUGCUUUCAGGUUCCAUUCACUAUCCGAGAAGCACUGCGAAUAUGUGGCCUGAUUUGAUUAAGAAAUCAAAAGAAGGAGGGUUGGAUGCUAUUGAGACUUAUGUUUUCUGGAAUGCUCAUGAGCCUGUCCGUCGUCAAUAUGAUUUUAGUGGUAAUCUUGAUCUCAUAAGGUUCAUCAAAGCCAUUGAAGCUGAAGGACUCUAUGUUGUUCUUCGCAUUGGACCUUAUGUUUGUGCUGAAUGGAACUAUGGAGGGUUACCAGUGUGGCUUCACAAUUUGCCUGGUGUUGAGCUUCGAACUGCUAACACCGUGUUCAUGAACGAGAUGCAAAAUUUUACAAGCUUGAUAGUUGAUAUGGUUAAAAAGGAGAAGCUAUUUGCAUCACAAGGAGGGCCUAUUAUACUUGCUCAGCUUGAGAAUGAGUAUGGCAAUGUGAUGGCAUCUUACGGAGCUGCUGGAAAAGCUUAUAUUGAUUGGUGCGCCAAUAUGGCUGAAUCAUUUGAUGUAGGAGUUCCAUGGAUUAUGUGCCAACAGAGUGACGCUCCUGAGCCUAUGAUAAACACAUGUAAUGGUUGGUAUUGUGAUUCAUUCACACCAAACAAUCCCAACAGCCCCAAAAUGUGGACUGAGAAUUGGACCGGAUGGUUUAAGAGCUGGGGUGGUAAGGAUCCACUUAGAACUGCAGAGGAUCUCGCCUUUUCUGUUGCACGGUUCUUUCAAUUUGGAGGCACAUUUCAAAAUUAUUACAUGUACCAUGGCGGGACUAAUUUUGGAAGAUCAGCUGGCGGGCCAUAUAUUACUACAUCAUAUGAUUACGAUGCUCCCAUUGAUGAAUUUGGCAAUUUGAAUCAACCCAAAUGGGGACACUUGAAGGAGCUUCAUCGUGUUCUGAAAUCGAUAGAGAACCCUCUUACUCAUGGAAAUAUCUCCCAUGUUGACAUGGGCAAUGGUCUCACGGCGACAACUUACUCGACCGACGAAACAUCAGCCUGCUUCUUCGGCAACGCGAAUACUACGGAUGACGCCAUUGUCGCCGUCCUGGGAAAGGAAUUCACCGUUCCGGCUUGGUCUGUGAGCAUUCUUCCGGAUUGCAUCCAUGAAGAAUACAACACGGCAAAGGUAAACGCCCAAACUUCUGUGAGAGUGAAGAAGACGAGCCCCGCCGAGAGCGAACCAGAACGUCUCAGCUGGAAGUGGCGGCCAGAGAACACAGACGAUACAAUUCUUCUUGGAAAGGGCCAUCUGUCCUUGAAUCAACUUGUGGAUCAGAAAUCCAUUAAUGAUGUCAGCGAUUAUCUAUGGUACAUGACAAGUGUUAGCAUCAAGGAAGAUGAUCCAAUAUGGAGUCAUAAUUUGAGUGUUAGAGUGAAUGGCACUGGCCACGUACUUCAUGCUUUUGUCAAUAGUGAACUCGUUGGAUCUCGAUGGGAUACAUAUGGAGUUUUCAACUCCGUCUUUGAGGAGAAAGUGAAACUGAAACCCGGCAAAAACCAGAUCACAUUGCUCAGCGCCACCGUUGGAUUUCCGAAUUACGGGCCUUUAUUCGAUGUCGUGGCCUCCGGAUUACCUGGUCCUGUUGAAAUUGUUGGGAGGAAGGAUGAUGAGACAAUUAUAAAGGAUCUGUCACACCAUAAAUGGACAUACAGAGUUGGAUUACAUGGCGAGGAAGACAAGCUCUACAGUUUGGAUUCACGCUAUGCUUCUAAAUGGCAAGCUGAUAAUCUACCAACCCAGAGAAUGUUCACUUGGUACAAGACAACCUUCAAGGCUCCUCUGGGAACAGACCCAGUGGUGGUGGAUUUGCAGGGUUUGGGCAAAGGCCAUGCUUGGGUUAACGGCAACAGCAUUGGCCGGUACUGGCCAAGUUUCCUAGCGGCGGAAGAUGGUUGCAGCUUGGAGGCUUGUGACUACCGCGGCACAUAUGACAACAACAAGUGCGUCACGAAUUGCGGCCAACCCACUCAGAGAUGGUACCAUGUUCCGCGGUCUUUUCUGAACGAUGAUGAGAACACGUUGGUGCUGUUCGAAGAAUUUGGAGGUAACCCAUCGCUGGUGAAGUUCCAAACAAUUAGCCCGGAAACUGUGUGUGGAAAAGCCUAUGAGAACAAAACCCUGGAGCUCUCGUGCGAGGGCCGGCCCAUUUCGGCCAUCCGUUUCGCGAGCUUCGGCGACUCCAAUGGCGCUUGCGGGGCGCUUGCCAAAGGCAGCUGCGAAGGAGUAAACGAUGCCAUCUCCAUCCUGCAAAAAGCCUGCGUUGGAAAGGAGAGUUGUUCGAUUCGAGCCUCGGAAGAGAUUUUCGGAUCAACGAGCUGUAACGGCGUUGCCAAGAAGCUGGUCGUGGAGGCUGGCUGUUAGAUACUUCAUUUAUUUAUGUUUAUUAGCCAUUUCUUAGGAAAUAAUGGAACUAGGCAAGUA